AUGCAUUGGACGGCGCCCAGGCUCUGGGCACUCCUUUGGACACUCACCUACGCUGCUCAGGUGGACGCCAAGCUCGUCCGGAGUUACAAUCAUGUCAAGAGCAUCUGUAGCAUGUGGGGCGAACAUCACUACAAGACCUUUGACGGUGAUGUCUACCAGUUCCCGGGGAUGUGCGACUAUAACCUGGCUUCUGACUGCCAUUCGUCCUUCCAGGACUUCUCUGUCCACGUGAAGAAAAAUAUGGACAACAAGGGCAAGAUCACUGUCAGCCAAGUCAUGGUGACCAUCAAGGACCUGCCUAUUCACCUGACUAAACAGAUGGUUAUGGUCGGGGGAGAAAUGAUCUCCACUCCUUACCAUGUGUCUGGAGUCUUGAUCGAGGAAAACUCUGCGUACACUAACCUCCACUACAAGCUGGGCCUCAGUGUCAUGUGGAACAGGGAUGAUGCUGUCAUGGUGGAGCUGGACUCCAAGUACUCCAAUCGCACAUGUGGACUUUGUGGAGAUUACAAUGGUGUCCCAAUCUAUGACGAGUUCAUUCACCAAGGGCGUCACAUUGGUGCUAUCGAGUUUGGUAACAAACAGAGGAUCCACAACCCAAACGUGGAAUGUGAGGAUCCUUAUGAAGAGGAUGUAGAAGAAGACGAACAACAGCAACAACAGCAGCAGGAAGCAAACCGAUGUGUGGAAGCUCAAAGCAGCUGUGCCCGGCGCCUCCUCUCGUCCGCCUGGGCCUCCUGUGCCAGCGUGCUGGACCCCAGCCCCUACAUCAGCGCCUGCGCCAUGGACCUGUGCCACCAGCCGACAGACGGCUCCGCCAUGUGUGCCACGCUGGCCGAGUACUCACGCCAGUGCUCCCAUGCCAGGGGCACCCCACCGAACUGGAGGACAGACAAAUUCUGUGCCAUAAAGUGCCCCUACAACAUGGUGUACUUGGAGAGUGGAUCCCCUUGCAUGACCACCUGCACACACUUGGAGUCUAACUCUCUGUGUGAGGAGCACAAUAUCGAUGGCUGCUUCUGCCCUGAAGGGACUGUGUAUGACGACCUUUCUAAAAGAGGAUGCAUCCCAAAAGAGCAGUGUCAGUGCAAGCAUGACAGAAUCUACGAUAACGGGGAGGUGCUGCGGACAGACACUGAAGAAUGUGCUUGCCACGAGGGCCGUUGGUCAUGCAAAAGCCACGCCAAAACAGGGACAUGCGCGGUGGAGGAAGGGUCCCACGUCACCACCUACGAUGGCAAAACAUACAACUACCAUGGAAACUGUUUCUACGUGCUCUCCAAGGACUGUGUUGAUUCAAAGUUCUCCAUUUUGGGAGAGUUGGCACCAUGUAGUUCUCAGGACUGGGACACCUGUCUCAAGAGGGUUGUUUUGAGAUUGCUGGGGGACAAGAAAAAUGACAUAGUUAUCCAGGCUAAUGGUAAAGUGUACCACAACGCAGAGGUCAAUUUGCCCUACACCACCGGUGAUGUGACCAUCUUCCAGCCGUCUUCCUUCCACAUCAUCUUGCAAACCCACCUCGGGCUUCAGCUACAGAUCCAGCUGGUUCCCAUCAUGCAACUGUACAUCUCUCUGGACGAGGGCUUUAAGACCAAGACCUGUGGUCUGUGUGGGAACUACAACAUGGUGUUGUCUGAUGAGCUGAGGAGUCCGCAGGGGAUGGUGGAGGGCACGGCGGCCUCUUUCGCUAACUCCUGGAAGGCCCAGGGCAGUUGCACGGACACUCCAGACAGACUGGAGGACCCCUGCUCACUCAGUGUAGACAACGAAAACUUUGCUGAGCACUGGUGUUCUCUGCUCAAAAUGAAAGAGUCCAAUUUUUCAAAAUGCCACUCAGCCGUGAAUCCAGAAAUCUACUACAAGAGGUGUAAGUACGCCAGCUGCACCUGUGAUAAGAGUGAGGAGUGCUUGUGCGCUGUGGUCUCCUCAUACGUGCGUGCCUGCGCCACCAAAGGGAUCUUCCUGCUCGGCUGGAGAGACACUGUGUGCAACAAGUACACAGACCACUGUCCGGCCACUCAGACCUUCUCCUACCAGCUGCAAGGCUGCCAGCGGACAUGUCGCUCCCUGAGCUCUGACCGCCAGGCCUGCUCGCCCGACUAUUUGCCAGUGGACGGCUGUGCGUGCCCCGAGGGACUCUAUUUAGAUGACUCUGGCAUGUGCGUUGCAAUGAACAAAUGCCCCUGCCUGCACAACGGAGACUACAUCAAGCCUGGCAAGUCCAUCACCGUAAAGGAAGAGCACUGUGUGUGUACCAAUGGAAAACUUCACUGUAGAUCUUGGAGAAUACAGGCGAGGGGUGAGUACUUAGGCUUGGAUCAUACUUCUGAACAGGACGACAAAAGUUACUGGAUCUCUACGGAGUGUGAAUCUGGAUGUAGGUGCCCCGAUGCUCUACUGGAUGACGGCAGGGGUAACUGUGUGCAGGAGCAUGACUGCCCAUGCCACCACAACGGGCACUACUAUGCCUCAGGCUCUCAGAUCCCAUUGAAUUGCAACAACUGCACUUGUAAUAGCGGAAAAUGGAUCUGCUCAGACAAUGUUUGCUCAAGCACCUGCACUAUCUAUGGAAGUGGGCAUUAUCAGACCUUUGAUGAUCAGAGGUUUGGAUUCAAUGGAGACUGUGGCUAUGUGGCUGUACAGGACAGGUGUGGGAGCCAAUCAGGCAAUUUCCACGUGAUCACUGAAAAUGUACCAUGUGGAACCACUGGAACCACAUGCUCGAAAUCUGUCAGGAUUGUUUUAGGGAGAACAGAACUGAAACUGUCUGAUGGGGCAUAUGAUGUGCUGGACCUGGGAGAAGGUCCUGAUAUCAAGUACACCGUGAGGCACGUAGGUCUGUAUCUUGUUGUAGAGUCAGUCAUCGGAUUCACGGCAUUCUGGGACAGAAAAACAACAGUCCGUGUUAUUCUGCAGCCAGAACACACAGGAAAGGUAUGUGGUCUGUGUGGCAACUUCAAUGGAGACGGCCAGGACGACUUCACCACUCAGAACCAGUUGCUUGUCAGCAAUGUCCUGGAGUUUGCCAACAGCUGGAAAGUGUCCAGUUCCUGUCCAGAUGCGGAAGACAACUUUGACCCCUGCUCUAAAAAUCCCAGCCGGCAUACAUGGGCGAAGAUGCAGUGCAGCAUUAUCAAAGGAGAGACCUUCAAAAACUGCCACGCGAUGGUGGACCCUAGUCCCUACUAUGAGAACUGUGUGAAAGACUCCUGUGCCUGUGAUAAUGGUGGAGACUGUGAAUGCUUCUGCACGGCUGUGGCUGCAUACGCACAGGCCUGUAAUGAAGCGGGGGUCUGUGUGGCUUGGAGGACCCCAGAUAUAUGCCCUGUUUAUUGUGACUAUUACAAUGGCCCUGCUGAAUGCACUUGGCACUACAGUCCUUGCCAUACCCCUUGCUACAAGACCUGUCUCCAUCCUGAUGGAAUCUGCAGUAACCCCCUACCCAAUCUGGAAGGCUGUUACCCCGUCUGUCCUCCUGACAAGCCUAUAUUUGACGAGGGACAGCAGAUUUGCGUUGAGGAAUGUGAAGGAUGUUGUUGUAUGUACAAUGGAACUGAGUAUGAAGAAGGUGAAGUUAUUUACGAUGUGACAGACAACAUGGGGAUGUGCUACAAAGCUAUCUGCAUCAAUGAGACAGUUAUUCAUACAAAUGAGCCGUGCGAGACCUCAACAACUCCACCAACACCCCCAUCAUCAACUACAACAGAACAAACCACUACAACCCCUGAGACACCUUCUCCACCUACUUCAACCACUACAACAGGACCCACACCAUCAACUACUACAACAGGACCCACACCAUCAACUACCCCGUGCGUUGAGAUCUGUGACUGGACGGAAUGGACCCCCACCAUCAACAACAACAACAGGACCUCCACCAUCAACUACAACAGGACCCCCACCAUCAACUACAACAACAGGGCAAACUACUACAACCCCUUCAAGACCUUCUCCACCUACAUCAACCACAACAACAGGACCCCCACCGUCAUCUACAACAACAGGACCCCCACCAUCAACCACAACACCAGGGACCCCCACCAUCAACAACAACAACAGGACCUCCACCAUCAACUACAACAGGACCCCCACCAUCAACUACAACAACAGGGCAAACUACUACAACCCCUGACCCCCACCAUCAACCACAACAACAGGACCUCCACCAUCAACUACAACAGGACCUCCACCAUCAACCACAACAAUAGGGCAAACUACUACAACCCCUGUGAUUACAUCUAUGAUAAGCAUCCCAUUGGUUCAGGCAUCUGCCUCACAAUGAUUUGCUCCGGCAUUUGUGAGAUUAAGAACAGCACUGGGCCGUGUGUGCCCGAACCUUCAACUACAACUCCAACUCCAACUGUCCGUCCCACACCCCCUGUACCAGAGUGCCCUGAGUGGGACAAAGUGCAAAAUGAGACAUUUUGGAUCUGCGAAUGUGUACUGGCACGCUGCAUUGAGGAUAACAUCAUUGAGAUUAUCCCCUAUGAGUGCCCACCGCUUGAGACCAUCACCUGUGCUAAUGGGAAAGAGCCAGUGCUGGUUUGGGAUGAGAAAAUAUGCUGCCAGAAAUACGCCUGUGACUGUUACUGUGAAGGAUGGGGAGAUCCUCACUAUGUUACAUUUGAUGGGCUUUCCUACAGCCACCAAGGAAACUGCACCUAUGUUUUGAUGGAGGAAAUCCACCCAGUGUUCGAUUUCAAAAUAUACGUUGACAAUGUCAAGUGUGACCCUACUGAAGAUGUUUCCUGUCCACGCUCAAUCAUAAUCUCGCACAAGUCAGAUGUUAUCACACUCAAGAACAACAACCUAAUGGGCCCUGCCAAAUUGGAGGCACUGAAAGAUGGCGCUUCACUGAAGCUCCCUUAUUCAAGGAACGGUAUCAGGGUGUCAAACUCUGGUCUCAAAAUGAUCUAUGAGAUCCCCAUGUUGGAAGUAGCAGUGACCUUUGGAAUAGUUGGCUUCUCAGUUAGCCUUCCUUACAAGCGCUUCGGCAAUAAUACGCAGGGACACUGUGGAACCUGCAACAACAACCCACAUGACGACUGCAGGCUGCCUGACGGCCGGCUCAUUGAGAACUGUGCUAUAAUGGCUGACUUCUGGCCUGCCCAAGACGUCUACAGACCUGACUGCCCCGUGCCCGAUGUGGUGCCAACCGGAGCGCCAAUCCCAUUGCCGACUCACAGACCUUGUAACGAACACGUCGUGUGUGAUCUCAUCAAGAGCGAUUUGUUUGCCGCGUGUCACCCCCACAUCUCUCCCGACCGCUUCUUCGACGGCUGUGUGUUUGACAGCUGUCACAUGGAAAAUAAGGUUGUGGAGUGUACCAGUCUGCAGGUCUAUGCCGAGGCCUGUGCCCAGAUUGGCGUGUGUGUUCACUGGAGGAACCACACCACCCUGUGCCCCAGCAACUGCGACGAUGACAAAGUCUACAAGCCUUGCGGUCCUGCAGAACAGCCAACAUGUGAUAGCGACCCCAGUGAACCAGGCAUGAACAUAGUAAUAGAAGGCUGCUUUUGUCCUGAGGGCACCAAACUCUUCAGCAAAGAAUCCAGGGUCUGUGUGGACAGAUGUGGAUGUUUGGAUGCUGAUGGCGUUGCGCGAGAGUUCAACGAGAGGUUUGAGUACAAGUGUCAGGACUGUGUGUGUGAGGAGGACACUCGUGCAGUCACCUGUAAGCCCAAGCAGUGCCCACCACCCAGCGUCAUCUCCUGCACACAGCCAGGCUUCGCCCUGGUCAACUCCACUGACCCCGCCAACCCCUGCUGCCAACAGCUGUCCUGCCGAUGCGACAGCUCUCUGUGUCCCACCCCUAAUAAGUGUCCAUUGGGCUAUGAGUCAGAGAUAACGUUGACAGAGGGAGGAUGCUGCCAGGACAUUACCUGUGAGCCCAAGAGUGUCUGCAUACAUAAAGGGGCAGAAUAUAAGCCAGGAGACAGUGUGCCAGUAGUAGAUUGUCAAGAAUGCAGAUGUACUACACUGAAAGAUCCCAAUUACAAACCAUUUUUACAAGUCAACUGCAAAAUGGUUGAGUGUAACGAAGACUGUGAACAUGGCUAUACUUACCAUCAAGACUAUUACGACUACGAAGCAUGUUGUGGGGAGUGCAUCCAGACUCAUUGCUCUUUUAACGCCAGUGGAACUGCGCAUCUGCUGGAGCCUGGCAGUACCUGGCCAUCUCCUGACAACAAAUGUGUGACCUACCACUGCUCUAACACGGGAGGCAAAUUUAUAGUCACCAAGUCAGAAAUCCAGUGUCCCCCAUUCAAGGAGAGCAACUGCCAGCCAGGAACCAUUCAGACUCUCUCCAAUGGUUGCUGCCAAGUUUGCGAGCCUAAGGAUACAGGCUGCCAGGUGGAGACAGUGCCGAAGACAAUCUCCUACAAAGGCUGCCAGUCUCAGGACGAGGUGGACAUGGCCUACUGCGAGGGGUCCUGUAACGCUUUCAGCAAGUACUCUGAGCUGGAGGCCUCGAUGAAGCACACCUGCACGUGUUGCCGCGAGUCCAAGACCAGCAACCGUACUGUGACCCUCACCUGCCUGGACGGCACCCAGAUGCCCUACACCUACACGCACGUGGAGCAGUGCGAGUGCAGCAACAAGCUGUGCGACGAGGGCAACACUUGGGCAACCCGUACCCGCGGCCCAGCGAGAACCACAGCAAGGCGGAGGAUGAACACCGGGGUAGAGAGCCCCAUAGUCAAGAGGAGCGUUUUGGACAGAGGGGGCUAGAGAGAGAGAGAGAGAGAGACAAGAGAGAAAGAGAGAUGAAAGAAAGAGAGAUGAGAGAGAGGGAGAGGAGAGAGAGAAGAGAGCAAGAGAGAGAAAGAGAGAUGAGAGAGAGACAGAGAUGAGAGAUACGCUUGCACAAUCCUGACCUUGCUCCGGCAUCUUUGUUGAUGUUCGGUCAAGAAACGGACAGAAACUGAAACUUCUCUUGAAAGGGCUUUGCUAGUUUGUCAUAUGUACUAAUAUAUAUAUGUGUGUGUGUCUAAAUGUCUUAGUAAUAUGCUUAUAUUCUGCUCAUUAAUUAAACUGCA